AUGGAAGGAGAAGGUUCGCUGGAGUUUCAGGAGUGGGAGGUUCAUUCCUACACCGAGGCUAUUGUGGUUAGAUCCCCUGUAUUGGAGGAGAAUCCGAGGAGUUUCGAGGAAAUCGAGAGCGAUGAAAUUGAAGCCAAGGAAGUUUAUGGAAGUGAAUUUGAUCAGCUGGUGAGCGAGCUUUUGAGCUGCAAGGCGAAGAGUGAAUCAUGUUUAGAAGAGAAUGUGAAGAGUCGCCAACUGGGUUUUGAAGAAAUUGAGCAGAAGGUUGGGAAGGAGAAAGAUAUGACCAAGUUCUGGUCUGGUUCUGGUGGUGAUGGUUUGGUUUUGGGUUCUGAGGUUAUGAGUGACGAAGCUACUCGUGGUGGGAAUGCUCCAUGGAGGAGAACUCGCGUCUUGUUGAAAAUGGGGAUGGGAAAUCAGAUGGCGGUGAUGAGGGGAAGAAGCAUCCAGUGGUCUCGUGGAAAGUUUCCUUUGAGUUGUUGA